AACAAAGAGGUUCCCAUUAAACUUACAAAUAGUGAUUCUGAGACAGUGGAAGUUCAGAAGGAGGCUAUGACCUCAAUUUCUGAAAGCAAUAUUCAUAUAGCAGAAAAUAAAGCUGAGGAGAGAGAAGAGCUGAAUAAGUCAAAUGUGGAUUCAAAUUGUUCAUUAGAUACUUCUAGUUCAUCUUUAGAAGCCAGAGAUGGAAGUUUAGCAGAAAAACCUGAUCCCAAUGACAGUAAUGUUCAUUCUGCAAGUUGUGAUACAUCUUUAUGUGAAUUAAGUAGUGAUGUUGAAACAUCAAACAUUGAAGUGGAUUCGUCAAUAAUUUCUCAGUCUGAAAAAUUAAAACGAUCAAAGGAGGAGAGGAAAAAAAUUGUUGAAAGUCUUGGUGCUAUAAGUAAAGACACUACAACAAGAAAAGUGAAUAAAGAAAACAGGAAGAAGUCAGAGGGUGCGUCACAAAGGGCCAGUGCAAUAAGUGAAUUUGUGGAUCCCUACAGUGAAACAGCCAUGGAGGAGCUGGAAAAGUUAGCCGCUGAGGAGGAGGAGGAGUCAGAAGAAUGUCCAGAGAAAGUGCCUCCAGUCAGGACUGAGGAGCCGCAUAUAUCAGAGACAGCGGGGAAACGUCCAUCAGGGAAACGGAGCCAGCAGCGCCCGGUGUCCUGUGUAGUGUCCCCCUCACAAGACAUGGUGUCUAUCUUGGAGGAGAGCAUGAAGAGGAACAGCCUUACUCUCCACCUCUCUGAUGAUGAAGAAAUGUCUGGUAAUGAUGACUCAGUAAGUGUGUGUUCAUUUGGAAGUAGAGCAGAUCUAGACAGACUACAGGAAAUCCCAGUACCCUCUUGGGUUCAAAAUGGAGAGAGUGUCAUAGUUCAGUCCUCAAAAGGGUCCUCUAAUACAGGAGUGGUCAGAUUUGUAGGAAACGUGGAGUUUGCAACAGGCCCAUGGGUUGGAGUGGAACUUGAUUUACCAGAAGGUAAAAAUGAUGGCUCUGUUAAAGGCACCAGGUACUUCAAGUGCAGGUCACGUCAUGGGAUUUUUGUGCGUCAUGAUAAACUGAUAUUAGACAAGAAAAGACGAGGGUCGCGUAAGCAAGCCAAAGAUUUGGCCAAAAGACACAGCAUGGGUAGUCCAGCUAAUAUGGGGGCCAGUUUGCCUAACCACCAAUCCUCUAGUCCAAACAAUACAGUUGUUAAAAGCAGUGCGAAAAAAAAAUUAUAAUGGAUGUCAUAUAUCUGAAAUAAGACUGAUGUGAUGUUAUGAAACUAUUCUGAUGUUCUCUUUGAAAUUUAACAUUUCACAAGGAGUUGGGUUUUCCAUAAUUAAUUUGUUCAUGAAUAGUUUACAAGGCUUUUUUCUUGUAUUUAUG